GGACUUUCGACCCUUCGCUCUGAUCACUGCGCUCUCUUAUUGCCGCCACGACCGCACAUCAUUUACGACGCACAGCUUCAGAACCAUGGAUAGCUCAGGAGUGCUGCUCCGACUGCUGUGCAUCGGCCUGAUGUUCGUUAUGUGCCGAGGACAGGCGUCGCAGGAAGUUUCCGCAGAGGAAUUUGGAGCGCAGAAGUCCGCCGCGGCCGCGGCCGCAGAGAAAGAACUUGUAAGUUCAUAUAGGGAAUCACUUUUGUUGUUUCAGGCUAGCCUAUCAUGUCUGUCCUGAUCAAUAUAUUCAUGCAAUACUGGUUCUCAAUUUAAUAUCUAAAUCUAAAUCAAUAUAAUUCGAUAUCAGCCUCCCAAGUGGCACAGAGGUCUAAGGCACUGCAUCACAGUGUUGCAAAGUCACUACUGGUGUUUGAUCCCAGGCUGUGUCACAACCGGCUGUGACCGGGAGUCCCAUAGGGCAGCACACAAUUGGCCCAGCGUUGUCAGGGUUAGGGGAGGGUUUGGCUGGGGGGCUUUACUUGGCUCAUCACGCUCUAGCUAGUCCUAGUGGCGGGCCGGGCGCCUGCAGGCUGACUUCGGUCAUCAGUUGGUGCAGCUGGCUUCCGGGUUAAGCGAGCUGAUGUUAAGAAGCGCUGUUUGGCGGGUCAUGUUUCGGAGGACUCAUGAUUCGACCUUUGCCCCUCCCGAGCCCAUUGGGGAGUUGCAGAGAUAAGACAAGAUCGUAAUCACGAAAUUGGGGAGAAAAAGGGGGUAAAAAAAUAUAUAUAUACUGUAUAUAAUUCGCAAUCUAAAUGUUUGCUCAUGAUUGGAUUAUGGGACAACAUAACCUUCUUCUGCAGUUCGUCCUGAUAAAAGUGUCAGUGAGAAUCCAAUUUAUCCAUCAGUUUUAUCCAUGGUUGAACACAGGGAUGGAAGCUAAAGAUUUAGUGCACUUGCCAGCCCGUUCUGAAAAGUACUGGCCUCGGGCUAGCUGGCUAUCUUAAUUUCCAUCCCUGGUUGAACCUAAAUGUCAAAUGAAUGACACCUGAAGAGAUAGAGUUCCACAAGAUUUCCUUGAAAUGUAAUCUGAUUUAGCCUAUAGAUUAUUCAAAGGAUCUUCUGAAAACUAAAAUAUAGCCUCUAUAACACUGACAUUUUCAUUAGGUAGUACAUAAACUCAUGGGGAAAUUGCAGUCAUAUAAGAGUAUAGAUUUUAAAACCCUCCUUGAGAAAAGCAAUGAGAAAUUCCAUUGACCCUGUUUCCUUUACUCUGUGUCCCAGGUGGAUGCGAUGGAGGCUCUUCUAGUGAAGAUGCAGAGCCAUCUGCCUUCCACUGAGAAGAGAGGCAUGAUCCCUCCUGUGAGUCCUAAUAUGUUCCUGUUUAAAACGUUAUUUUUGCCCAAAUGCAGGCUAUGACUGCAUUUAAAAUCAUCAGUACUUUUCAAGUAUCAAAGGGGUGUUAUAAACUGGGUGGUUCGAGCCCUGAAUGCUGAUUGGCUGAAAGCCGUGAUAUAUCAGACUGUAUACCAUGGGUAUGACAAAACAUUUAUAUUUACUGCUCUAAUUAUGUUGGUAACCAGUUUAUAAUAGUAAUAAGGCACCUCGGGGGGUUUGUGGUAUAUGGCCAAUAUACCACAGCUAAGAGCUGUAUCCAGGCACUCAGCGUUGCGUCGUGCAUAAGAACAGCCAUUAGCCGUGGUAUAUUGGCCAUAUACCACACCCCCUCAGGCCUUACUGCUGAAACAUAUUGUAAGAGUUGAUUUAUUUGGAACAAAAUGCGGAUCAAUCAAUCAAUCAAAUUUGAUUUAUAAAGCCCUUUUUACAUCAGCAGAUGUCACAAAGUGCUAUACAGAAACCCAGCCUAAAACCCCAAACAGCAAGCAAUGAAGAUGUAGAAGCACGGUGGCUAGGAAAAACUCCCUAGAAAGGCAGAAACCUAGGAAGAAACCUACAGAGGAACUAGGCUCUGAGGGGUGGCCAGUCCCCUUCUGGCUGUGCCGGGUGGAGAUUAUAACAGUACAUGGCCAUUAAGGCCAGAUUUUUCUCCAAGAUGUUCAAACGUUCAUAGAUGACCAGCAGGGUCAAUUAAUAAUCACAGUGGUUGUAGAGGUUGCAACAGGUCAGUGCAUCAUGAGUAAACGUCACUUGGCUUUUCAUAGCCGGGCAUUUAGAGGUUGAAAUAGCAGGUGUGGUAGAGGGAGAGAGUUGAAAACAGCAGGUCUGGGACAAGGUAGCAUAUCUGGUGAACAGUGCCUGUUAUUAAAGGGGAAGUUUAGGAUUUUACAACUUGAUGUUAGAUAGUUCCUCACCCUGAAAGUAGUCCAUGGGUCAGGAGAAGCUGUAAUCCAUGGUUUGGUUUUCAUUAAAUAGCCACUACAAGCUAACACUCAAUGAAGGUAAAAGUGGCAUGUGAGCUGUUUUUUUUUUUAAAUUGCCAAAUCACCCCAAAUCAACUCCAUAUUUUGAUUGAUGUUACAGGCCAUUUGGCUUUUUUUGUAAAAUUCUGAACGCCCCCUUUAAGCCCCCCAUGUUUCUCCCACUCUGUAUCAUAGUCUGUGAACCAUUUCAAUGCAGUUCAAUUUAAAGUUUAUGUAGAAUCAAUUAGCAAGUAUAAGUUGUCAGUAUAAUUAAAUGCAAGUGGAGAAAUGCCAGCAGCCUUUGAUUUGAGUGCAAUUAUACAGCCUGAUCAAGAUAGCAGCCCUAAGUCUAAUUAACUGAAAGGAGGAGGAGUCUGAAGGACCACCAAACACCUCUUCAUUCAUACAUCAAACUAAUUAGAACUUUCAUUACCAUCGCUGAGUAACUCUUUCUCUUCUAAUUAAAAGUUAAGGACUGAGUUUUGUGAUAAAGCUACUUUGUGUUUCCUCUCUAUCUCUCUUUCUCUCUCUCCCUCUCUCUAUCUAUCUCCCUCCCCCUCCCUCACUCUCUCUCUCUCCCUCUCUCUAUCUAUCUCCCUCCCCCUCCCUCACUCUCUCUCUGUCUCUCAGUGUGGUAUGGGUGACCGGUGUGCCUUGAGGCAUGGACCCCGCAUUGGGAAGCUCUGUGACUGCGGCAGGGUCAGCAGCUGCAACUCCUUCCUCCUCAGAUGUCUCUAAACUCCUUCAGGGAGAAACACUUCACUGUAGAACCACCGCAACCAACGCUCCAGCCAAGACAGAGGAAUAUCAUCAUCAACUUCUAUCAUCAACUGCGUCCCAAAUGACACCCUAUUC